UGCCAUAAUAAUUAUGACGCUUUUAUCAUAGAGUAUACAACUCAGGGAUUUUGUUGCUAGCUAUAGUAGCUAGAGUUUUGCAAGUAGAGAUUAUUUGUUGUAACCUCUGGAUAACGGUACUGGUAUUAUGGGUGCACAUGAUCCGUUUCCCAUCCCUCUUCUCGAAUAUCUAUGCUUGUAGAUGAGAAAAAUAUGUUGCUUCUUAUUGUUCACUCACUUGAUUAUAAAACAAGACUGAAACACAUCGGCUUAGUAUGUGAGACAGUUAUUCAGAAUAUACUUGGUCACUUUCCAUUCUAAAACCUACACUUACAAUGUCUUAGGACUCCACAAUUGAGAGUAGUAGCUAUUAUUAUGAUGUGGCAGUGAUGUGUGUAUACAACCCUACACGUACAUAGGGAGAUGCCCUUAAUUUAUUAAAAUAAAUUACUUAUUAGAUAUUGACUUCAUUUCAAGCUAGCUAGCUAGCUGUGAAGCUGUGACCAGAGUUGUGACUAAAUAAUGGACACAAGAUUUGUUUUAUUUUUAGUAGCGCUCUUAAGCUGGACGUCAGGUAAAAGUUCUUAUUUGAACAUUGAGCUCUCAGUGCAUAUAUCCUUCUUGCUAAAUUUAAUACUUUCAAAACGCUCUACUGUGUAGUUUAGAUGUAGUUUAGUACUUAAGUAGCAUCCACAUGAGUAUUUAUCCAUGCACUCUUUAGCUCAGCAACUGGUACUGUACUGUCCCGGUCCUGCAACUAUCAGCUGUUCAACUGUAACACCAAUCAUUUGGGAUGGGACGGCUUUUAAUGGACAGUGUCCCCACAAUGGGAUCUCUUUUCAAACUAUUAACAAUGACAGCAUUGGUGAAUCUUCCUCUUGUGGAGAACUGAAUGUGACUAUCACCAAUAUAGUCACAACUAUUGAUGUUGGUAGCACUGUAGUGAAUGUUGACUCAUCACUGUCUUUCAGUGCCCAACCAUCUCUUAGUGGAUUAACUGUUGUCUGUAGAAGUGGAGCCAAUGCUGCUGUGAACUCUAUGCUUUUGAUUCCAGAUCCUACUCAGGCUGUGUCUGUGAGCCAGGACUCUUUGACAGCUGUGACAGUGAAUUUAACAGGCGGAGACAGUUGCUGUAUUUCACUGUACUUUGUGGUGAUCACUGAGAUAGGCAGCAGCGACUCACCCACUAUCAUAAGCAGCUUUUCUCCUUCCAUUAGUGUGACUGGUCUGGACCUGUGUAGGAACCGCUACUUUAUUGUCGGCUUUGUUCAAGCUCCCUCAGGCGUACAAGGGGGAAGAAGUACACCACAAAUGAUAAGUUUGGAAGCGGUUACAAAUGUGAAAGCCAGCACAACUACUUUGUCUUGGACACAGCUGGCAAACACUGCUUCAGAUGGCUGCAACUCUGGCUAUAUCAUCUCCUGGACUGAAGGAGAAGAUACUACGGUCGGUUCUAGCACUUCAGUCCUGGUGUCAAAUCUACACAACUUCCCUUUCUGUCAAAGUCAAACUCUAACGGUGACGCCCAAUACACCAUCUGGUCGUCUCACUGUGGGCACCAGUUUACAGAAUGUGAUAUUUGAGCACCCAGAUUUUGCUGCUCCUGUAGUAUCAGUCUUUUUCACUCUCCAGUCAGAUAAUGUGGUGAUUAACAUCAACUGGCAGGAUAUCUCUUUAGAGGCAGUUCCAUUGAGAUUGUUUGGUUUCAGUAAGAUCGGGGAGGGUGUGUGUAACCCUCAGUUUAGUGCAACUGGUUCAUCGAUGACCCAGUUAGUACCAGGAGCUCAGUCUGGUGACAGGUACACUGUCUGUGUGGUGUUUAUCAACAACAAGUGCAUGAAUCGUACAGAUGACACUGUCAGAGUUCCGGUGCAACUGCUUGUCAAUCCACAGCUAUCUGUUGGUGAUAGUUCUGUCUCAAUAGUGGUCAGUGUAUCUCCCUCUCCCCCUAUGAGUCUUGACUCUCUGUCCAUACUCGCAACUAUUGAUCCCCCUCAUGCUAGUGCUGUGUUGGCAAACUACCCCACAUCAUCUCAACAGUACACGGUGAUGUUUGAUGGUCUGACCCCUGGAACACUCUACAUUUACGACAUAAGGGUGAUACUCAGGAAUGACUCUACCAUCACUAUUGGUCUGCCGGUGACUGGAUCCUUCACUGUUCCAGCAUGUGGCACAGUUUGUGUAACCGUGGUUGUGGUAGUGAGUGCAGUCCUGCUAGUGGUUGCUGUUCUUAGCCUAGCUGGAGGCUUUGUUGCUUAUAAGUACAAAAACAGAUCUAAAGAUUGGUCAGUGAGAUCGUUCAAAUCCGAAAACGCAGAGAAGCACGAACUUACACUUAGCUUACCCCCUCCACCACCUGACUCCUUGUACGCUGACCCCAAAUUCAUUGAGCACCAGGCAGCCCCGGGCACUGAGGACCAGUACGCCAUUGUCGAUAAAAACGGCAAGAAAAACACAAAACCAAACCCAACUCCAUCAGAAGCUGUGUAUCAGGACCCCUGCACGAUUGAGCACGAGACCGCUGCCUCUGGAGUUAUGUGUGCCGUGGUGGACAAGCCCAAGAGGUCCUCUAAAAAGAAGGGAGGGUCGGAUGUGGUUCCUCCAGCCAGCGAGGGGGGUGACGCAAGCGCCAUGGGGCAAGCGACGCAUCCAACUCUGCUGGAAGAGAUUGUACAAAGGACACCACAUCUUGUGGCAGUAGAUUGUUCGAAUAGAGGCAUAUCUGGAUUCACGUCUGUAUGCCUCUGCCUGUGUUGUUCCAAGCAUGCCUGUGCACUUGGCCUCUGCAGUCUCUAGUACAUGUAAGCGUGUUGAAGAAGCAACUAAACCUAACUCCAGCCAGCUUCCUCAGGAACUUUAUUCAGAGGUGUUCAAUGCAUUGCCGAAAGGGAUGGCUCCUAAAGUUGUGAGGAAUGGAACGAAAAACUAACCGA